CCCUCCCCUACGACUUGUCCAAAGCCGAUUGGCUAAAGCUGCCCACGUGAUGCACCGCGCAGAGCCCAUCGGGAUCCGUAGUUCGGUGUGCUGACGAGGGCUGAGAGUGGCCGCGGGGCUUGCCGGGACGUGUAAUUAGAAUCUGCGGUCGCCGGUUGCCGCUUACGUUGCUAGCCUUAGCGUCGCGGUUACUAAGGAGUGGGUGGGGAAGACUGUGGCAAGCGCCACCGUGGAGCGACUCCGAGAUUCCCGUGAGGCUCGCAGGCGUGCAUCCCGCCUGACGGGGACAUCGCCUCCGCGGACUGUACGGAGGCGGAAACGACGCCGGAGGCAGGUAAAGAAACAGGUAAAGAAACAAAAACAAAAAGGAGGCAAAGACUCAUUCCCAAGGUCAAAGAUCAGGGAGAUGAUGUCUUCAGGAAUGUACAAAAUGGACAAUGGCAAGCCUUGCCUCAACAACUGCUUUCCAGCCAAAAGUCUCCUUCGGAUGCCGGAAGAAGGCCGGGGACACUGGUUAGUGGCUCGGAAAGGUAGCAUGAAGAAAGGUGUGGCUAAGGCAUCCACUGAAGGCCAGGAAAACCUGAAGAAGGUUUCUUUCGAGACUGGGUUGAAGAAAGCAUCUCGGCGGGAGAGCCAGGCAGACGUUAUUGGACACGUCUUGGACCGGGCUUUUCUGCUGAAGCACCACUGUACAAGAAAGCCAUCAGAUCUUUGCACUAUCAAUGUGAGCGGCAUGAAGUUCUCCAAGGCAAAGGAAAAGGACUUCAAACAUUUUACUUCUGUGAUUUAUAUCAACGCCUCUGAAAACCUGCUGCCUCUAGAUGCUUUUCAUACAUUUCCAGCCCUAAAGGAACUGGAGCUUGCAUUCAACGGCAUCAAGAUGAUUUAUGUGAAAUAUGGAGACUUCAAGACAUUGGAAUUCUUGGACCUUUCCUUCAACAGCCUGACUGAGGAUGCCAUCUGCGAUCUGGGGAUUCUGCCGCAUCUCCGUGUGCUGCUCCUCACAGGCAAUGGGCUCACCUCUCUGCCAUCCAACAUGGCUGUCACAGAACAGGAGGCAUCCAUGUCAUCACUGGCAAGCAAGAAGUACAUCCUGAGGUUCCCAGCACUGGAGACCCUGAUGCUGGAUGACAACAAACUGUCCAAUCCCAGCUGCUUUGCCAGCCUGGCUGGGCUCAGGAGACUGAAGAAACUGAGCCUGGACCAAAACAAGAUUUUCCGGAUCCCGUACCUACAACAGGUUCAGCUCUGUGAUGGAUCGGGGGACUGGGUUACAGAGGGGCCAAACCCCCAGAAAGAGCUGCAGACCCAGACGUGGAUAUUUGAAACCCCGGAUGAGCAGCCCAAUUAUACUGUACUGCCCAUGAAGAAGGACGUGGACCGCACAGAGGUCGUGUUCUCAUCUUACCCUGGAUUUUCAACCUCAGAGACAGCCAAGAUAUGUUCCCUUCCUCCCAUAUUUGAGAUUCUUCCUGUGAAGUCACUGAAAGCGAGGAACCAGACAUUGGCCCCACCUUUCCCAGAGCUCAGAUACCUUAGCCUGGCCUACAACAAGAUUGCGAAGGAGGAUGCUGUCCUGCCAGCAGCGCUCUUCCCCUCUCUCUGUGAGCUUGUCUUCCACAACAACCCUCUGGUGGCGCACACACGAGGGAUCCCACCACUGCUCAAGAGCUUCCUCCAGGAGCGCCUGGGCAUCCGCUUAGUUCGAAGGAAACUGGUAAAAUCUAAACACCAUAUUUUGAUGCCUCGGAAGGAAUCACGAAAGGUGAAAACUCACAUCCCCAAGGUGUCAAGGCAUUCUCUGGUCCCCCACCACAUGAGCUUGACCACGGACAAGCCUCCCUCAGGUCUUAUGCGGGAGCCAGAGCCAGGAGCUGAAGUGCUGUCCUCUACCGAAAACACCACUCACGAGGCACUGCUGGCCACUGAGGGCUCCGAAGGCACUUCCCUCACUCACCGGACCUUUGUGCCGAUGCCUCCCAUCUGCUCCGACUCCACCGUACACAGUGAGCCGGUGUCCCACCCGAGCCGUGCAGCUGCCCUCUUGAGCCCAGAGCACCCAUCAGAUGAAGAUGCCAAGAGUACGGAGUCCAUCUUCCUGACCCAGGUGAAUGAGCUGCCACCCUCCACCGUCCCCAAGGAAAAGUUAGAGGUAAAGGAGAGUGACCAAAAGAGACCACUAACUGCACCCAGAGAGGCCAAGAGGACGCGGAGGAAGCACCCGUCUGCCUCUGCGCACACCAAGUACUAUGGUUAUGAGGAGCUGCUCACAGCCAAGCCUGACCCGGCCUUUGUGGAGCCCAAGGGCAUCCAGAAGAACGCACAGGCCCUGCAUCGCAUGCUGAAGCAGCCGCUCAUCUGCCGUUCCUCCAAGCCCAGGCUGGACACUUUCCAGAAACCCUACAUCCCCAAGGAGAAGCGGGCUGGGAGGAUACCAAUCCCACCCCCACGGAAGACCCGAGCGCAGCUGCUGGAUGACAUCCUCAUUCGCAUGCGGGACCCUCGGAACGUCACUGAAGCUCCUCUGGGCGCCGUGCUGCAGCGGCGUGCACAGCAGCGCCUGGUGAACCAGAAGCAGUACCGGGAGGCCAAGAAGCUGCUCAAGGAGUUCCGUGCGCGCUACAGGCAGCUGGUGCGCAGCUCGCUGCGGACUGUGUUCACGGCCAGCCCGCCGCCCAGGCCGCCCACCCGCCGCGCGCUGAGCGCGGGCCAGCCCAAGUUGGGCCGCUUCCUCGAGUUCAUGGACGAGUUCUGCCAGGACACCACGGCCAGCGACUCGAAAGAGUAGAGCUACGCACCGCCCUCCCCAGGGGCUAUGUGCCCUGGACCGUGCCCAGCCCUGAACAGAGGGGCCUUGGGCUCCGUCUCGCUUCGUGGUCAGCAUGUGGAGCUCGGCAGGACCUCGCCUCCGAGCCCGGCCAGGCUGCACCUGGUGGCUGGCCCAGCAGCAAUAAAGAGUGGUGCAUAGAGCAAUCCAGUGGGUGCCAAGCAUUCUUCUUGGAAGCCAGGCCAGGGCCACAGUGGUGGUGUCACUAAGGAAAAAAAUCUCCACUGAUUCCUGCAUCCCAAGAGGGCUAUGAGAAACCCACCUGACAGCUGAGACGGAGGAGUAGCAUAGAAAACUCGGAAGUGCGCUCGCUACAGCCAGCAAGAGGCAGGGUAGCAGAGCAGAGGGCCAGAGGCUGGGUAGACAGAUUUCCUGUAAGGAACGUUUUCCACUGUGAGGGGGCCAGAAGAUGGAAUGGUCCCUUUUGAGAUAAUGGCUGGUAGAAGAGGGGAGGGGUUAGUUUCCCAGGGACCUAUAAUCCAGGACACAGGCUAAAGGCAAGAACACAAACAUCGGGGCUGGGCAGGCACCCCAGUUCGUAAUAAAGCAACAUUCUGGCCAAGGCAGACUGGGGCUGCUGCAUUCCUGGUGUGUGCCCAGUAGGCAGCACCUACCCCAGAAGGGUCUGGAGAAGUCCACCGGGGCUAUGCUGUGUGUGUGGGACCUAAGAUUUCUCCCCUGGGGACGGCGACUUCAGAUCUGGGCAGCAGACCUGCAGUCCCUAGGGUCCAAGUAUGCUUCUUGAUCCUCAGCAAGGCAGACUCCCCAAAUCCAAACCCCAACCAUUUGCAUAUUAUUGAACUCAACUUCACAGACUCAUGUAAAUAGCCAGUUAAGUGCUUACAUGAAGCUGUGAUCAUACUCAGACAUACACAUGCAUGUGCCAUCACUACACAGGCCACACCAGGUGACAAGAGUAUCGUUAGCCCAUUUAGACGCCUGACAGGUCAGGUGAUGCAGUGACCCACAGCAGCAGCAGCCACGUUCAGAGCAUUUGUGGCUGACUUGCUAGCAUCCAUCUUUCCCUUACUGUUAGGAGAAGUCACCCUGACAGUCACACUGCCAACCCACCAGGUUCCACUUCUGGAGAACCUCCUAGAGUGCUCCCUUCAGCCAGAUGUGUUCCUGCCACACAGUCUCAAGAAUGGACCUACCUACCUACACACACACAACACACACACCAUGUUCCAACCUAGCUUCUUGUAGUCACCCCAGUAAUGGAACUGACUCGGGAGGAAAGCCCAUUCGUGGGCAGUUUUAAUGGCUAUGUUAGAAUGGACUGUGUAGCCUAUCUGCCUAAGUCCCUCAGUUCCAGCUCUGCCCUUUGUACCCCCAUGGCAGCCCCUUAACCAGUGUGAGGGCAUUCCAAAGAGGGCACACUUGUCUGGGCAAAGCACCACUUUCUCUCAGGUGAACAAGCUGGUUGUCUCUCCUUACUAAGUUUCUGAUCUUUCUAAAUUCCUUUGGCUUCUUACCCCAGAAGCUGCUUUCAGAGUUCAAGCAUGAGCCUUUUUCCAAACAUGUAACAAAGUGUUGCAACUGAACCCCAAGCUGGAAGCCACCAUGUAGUACCCCAACUCUGCUACUAUUCUAGUAAGACUUGAUAAGAUGACGUGGCAACUCAUGUUUUUCAUCUUUUUUUCCCCUGGUAUUUUCUGACAGGGAUUCACGUAGCCCAGGGUAGCCUCAAACUAUAUAGCCAAGGAUGACCUUGAACUCCUGAUCCUCCUGCCUCCAUACACUCGAUGCUGGGAUCACUCUUAACUUUCCGCUUCAGUUUACGUGUCCUUCAGUCAUCCCAAACUGAGCCGGCUAGUCACCCGAGACACUAAUGAGCAAUCUGGAAGUUAGUGAGGCUCUGGGAGAACUGACAGAUGGGAAAGCAAACUGUGCUCACAUCUGGAAUUAACCCAGAAUUCCACAGGACAGUGGGUAAAGUGGGAAGACAGCCUGGUCACUGGCCCCACCAGUUCCAGUCCAGACAGCAACUAGAACCACACUGUUGGCCAAGGCCAGUGGUAGAGCUUUGCACUGCGAAGUUAGCUGAGGCCACAGCAGCAGAAGAUGCAACCAGCAGCUUUGGAGUCAGAGGCCCAGCACCUAGGCUCUGGAGUUCCAGCCAGGGCUAGAGUUCCCAUCUGUAAAGGACACGCAGCAUACCUAGUUACAAGGGAAUGAAUAGUGUGUACAGCGCCUUGCUACCCUAGGGACCAAGUGCCGAGUACUGUUUUCAAGACUCCAACUGGCUGCAUGUUCACUUUAACCACUCUCCCUUGAACGCCUUGUGUAAAGUGACUUCAGAGAUCCUGCAUGUGCUGGCAGAGUCUUCUAGGGUCGUUUUCUGAGUUUAAGAGAAACAGGUUAACAUUUGUUCCAUGCUCUGUGAAAAACUCAUGUCAGAGAUUUUUUUUUAUGACUUUCUGAGCAAUGGUUCCAAAGAAGAGCAUUUUUAACAAUCAUUUUUGUUGUUGUUGUUUUGUUUUGUUUUUUCAAGACAGGGUUUCUCUGUGUAGCUUUGCGCCUUUCCUGGAACUCGCUUUGGAGACCAGGCUGGCCUCGAACUCACAGAGAUCCGCCUGCCUCUGCCUCCCGAGUGCUGGGAUUAAAGGUGUGCACCAUCACCAUCCAGCAACCAUCAUAUUUCUAAGUCCAGCUGUAAGGUGCAAGGACAGUGGCAUCUCCCAGUCAUUCUUUACUCAAACUUGGGUCUUCAGAGAAGUUACAAUGGUCUCAAGAGGUCAGGAAACUGUAAAUACCAGCCAUUAGAACACAUAAAAUGAUAGGCUUGUUCCCUGUGGAGAUCCCACCCCAGUGCCUUCCCACUCAUUCUGAAUGCCCAGGUAAGGCCUUCCCACUCAGGUACCUCCCUGGCCCAGGACAGCACCCAAACAAAUACCUGCCUUAAGCUUAGUGUACACUGUCAGACGCAGCACUCUAGAGACUAACCAGAAGUAGACGGUUUGCUUUCAGGAGUCUGCUUUACUGCAUUUUCAACUUGGGCCUCGCCUGGAACAGGCACAUACACACAUUGAAGAAUGCACUUUGGUACUGUUUUAAUCAUACAUUAUCCCACUUGAUUCCACACCAUUUCACUGUGGUAAAAGCAUCCCUUGACAGGGCAUACCUUGUCCCAAGUCCUCUGCCAAAAGGCUCUUUAUGAGUCAAGGGGGUACAGACAGCAGUGGCAGUCCACCAGGAUGCAAGGCCCCUUCUCCGAUCCUAAUGUAAACAGGUUGAGUAAGUCACAACCACCAGACCACAAGGAGCUAUAGCAGGUUGCCUAAAACCAAACAGACAACCAAUUUAUAUUUCUAGGUGGAAAGGUUCGGCUCUUGGCUCUUUAUACAACUAUAUUUGUACAGUUAAGAGUAAACAGUGUAUCAGGUGCAAAAAGAAAGGGGGGAACACCCACUAGUUGGCAUUUCAACUAGUCACUUCCUGUCUUGCAUAGUAUCUGUUAUCUUGCUUUGCUGGAGGCUUCGGGCUGAUGGUCAUGUCGGAUGCAAACUGGGACCUGCCGGGCUGCACUGGUGGCACAGCUUGGAGGGCAAGUGCCAGCAGGGAGAACUGACUGCUGCUACAGAGUCUGGCACCAGGAGGAAGCUCCGCCCUGCACAGCUUGACACGGAAGCCUGCACUGUCUGUGCUCACACUCAGCUUAGGGAAGGGAGACGAGCAAGCCUGACCUUAGCGUGACUUUGUCUAGCUCUUUCUGGCCCUGAGACACCAGAAAGGGAGGGAGCCUGUUCAGAGCCUAAGGUCAGCACUCACACAUUCCUGACAACAAACUUAGGAAACACAAAAGUACAUUUUCCCCUCAGAAGAAACACUGGCAAGACACAGAGCAGCCUGCUCACGUGGGCUUGGGGCUUCUUCUGCCAUCCCUUGACGGAAUUGGUAACCUCUGUGGAGCUACAUCUCUUCUGCAGAACAGGCUUCAGAAUGCUACAGACCAUUCACAGGCAAAGGAGCAUUUCUGGAUCAUCAAAGAGAAUCUGUGCAGCAGCCUUGUCUUCAAAAUCUGCUCCCUGCCCUACUGGCUCCUAAGAACUUUAACCAGCUCCCUUCUCUCUAAAGGCUAAAUCUAAGGAGCAUUCUCUGGUUGAUGAGGAAAGGGCUGGCUAAGAAAGAUUUAAGACCCUAAGGAGGUUGAUUUUGAAAGAAACAGCAAAGGCUAUGAUUAAAAUAACUACAACAAAAUUCCACUCAUUACUUAGCUCACACUACAGGGUUUUCCCUAUUAAGUACCCUAUUUAGUAUGGGUGUAUUCAGGGGAUAUAGGUACAUCUUCACCGAAAGAAACAAAAGAAAAAGCCAUUCUCAAACCUCUGUCACUCGGGCGUCUCCUUCCUUCACAAAUUGUAUAACUCAUUAGUAUUCAGCCCUAGAGAACUACAGCAGAAAUCAGAACAGUGGGUCUUCAUUUAAAGAGGGGCUAGGCCUGGUCCAGCUUUAACAUCUCAUGAUGAUAAGCUAGCCUCUACCCCUCCUGAUGGCUCUCCACUUCAGUGACAAGUUAGGAAGAAGAAACCCCAGGUCACCGCCGGUUCUGGUGAGAGGUCAGCUUGGGGAAUGCAUUAGGAGGUCCCUCAAGUGAAGAGUGGGCUUCUCCGGCCUCUCAGUGACCCAGACCUGCCUCAUUUCUUGGAACUUGAAGUAAAUGCAGCUUCUGAACAGAGCAACUGUUCUAUUAUCACUGCAGGAGAAAAUCCAUUCUUCCCUGGAAAAGUUACUUAGGAAAUGGAAAAAGCAGAGUUAAUCAAACGCAUAAAUCUUGAUGAGAUAUGGAAAACGUUGCCAGUGACAGGCUGAGUGCUAGAUCUCCUGAGCAGGACCAUUGAAGAGCAUUGUUAUAGAUGAAAUGGCCUUCCAAAGAUCAUUAACACACUCUCUAGCCGAACAUAUGUCCACACACACUGCACGAGACAGCCCCCCCAACAACAGGGUCUAGCCUGUGGUCCAGCACACUGGGGCGGUCUAAGACUCAAAAGUGCCUACUGAAUGAACACAGCCUUCAGUAGCAGCUUCCCAUUUUAGUCAGUGGCUAGUUUGUAACCAGACAAUAAUUAAUUAAAUAGCUUUACUCUCUGAGGGGCAUCUUACCUUAAAAAAAAAAAAAAAAAGAAAGAAAAAGAAAAA